AUCAAAUUAAUUAUUUCAGUAUCUUGAUUUUGAUAUAAUUUUAUAGAUAUUCAUUUUUAGUUGGUAGUGCCUUGCUUAUUAUAUGUAAUGAAUCUCGUAACUUAACUUACGAAGAUACAAGUACAUAAAAUUAUAACCUCGAAAUCAAACCAAAACAAACAACAGAAAUGGCAACAAAAUUCGACGUUGCUGCUUAUAGUUUCCGUAAGAAAUGCCCUUAUGUGAGCAAAGAUCUCCUACACUGGUUCCCAGGCCAUAUGAAUAAAGGGUUAAAACAAAUGCAGCGAAAACUUAAGUCAGUAGAUUGUGUGAUCGAAGUUCACGACGCUAGAAUUCCAUUUACAGGCCGUAAUCCCAUCUUUACAAAUACUUUGACUGGUGCAAAACCUCAUAUUCUAGUUUUAAAUAAAAAAGACUUAACGAUACGAUCGUUAUUGCCAAAGAUAAAAGAUCAACUCACAUCUGAAGGUGUACAGAAUGUAAUAUUUACUAACUCGAAAGAUCAGCAUUGUCGUGGACUUAAGUCAUUGCGACCUCGUUUAGUGGAUAUUAUUAAGAACUCCAACAGGUACAAUCGAAGUGAAGAAUUAGACUACAGUGUAAUGAUCAUCGGUGUUCCAAAUGUUGGCAAGUCAUCGCUUAUCAAUAUGCUAAGAAGUCGUAAUAUGAAUAUCAAGCAUGCUCUCCCGGUCGGUGCAGUGGCUGGUAUCACUCGAAGUGUGAUGACUAAGAUUAGAAUAAAUAAUGACCCUAAAAUAUUCAUGCUAGACACUCCAGGAAUCCUAGAGCCAUCAGUAUCAGACAUAGAGAUGGGAUUGAAGCUCGCUCUUUGCGCGUCUUUACAAGAUCACCUCGUCGGCGAAGAAAUCAUAGCAGACUAUCUCCUGUACUGGCUGAACAAGCACGGCAGCUUCAAGUACGUGGACUUCAUGGGUCUGGAGGAACCGUGUGAUGAUAUUAACAAGGUCCUCGUUACAGGCUCAAUAAAGUUAAACCGCGUGAGAAGGACCCGUGACUUUGAUGGACGGAUUCGCGAAGUCCCCGACGUCGUGGAAGUUGCUAGGACGAUGAUCCGAGCGUUCAGGACCGGGGAAUUGGGGAAAAUAUUACUAGACAUUGAUCUAUUGAAGAGAGAUGACAGACAAGAAAAUGUUCUUGCGUAGUUGUAGUGAUAAAUUUUUGUAUUCAUAUUAAAUGACAAAAGAAAAUGUACAUAAAAUUAACAACAAAACUUAAUAAUAAC